AUGAGUUAUAUAAAUUUAGGGAGAGAUAUCGGCGGAUUGCCUUCAAUUAAUUCAGCAAGAAGAAUCAAAGCUUUGGAAGAGGAGCUUCAGUGGUACAAGCUAAAGGAUUCUGGAAGUGGCGGGCGAGUGACACCUGUAGGGAUUCUGAAGUAUGACAACAAAUCGUAUGAUUUAUGUGACAAUCGGCGGCAGCUGACAGAUCUCCAAGACCAGAUCAAAUCUGUCCGUGAGGAACUGAAGAAGAAAGAUGCUCUAAUUCAACACCUUGUAAGCCUAGAGUCAGCACCAAAAAUCCCAAGAGCACCAGAUUCAUAUAGGCUGGACAAUAUAUACUUGGGAGAAAGAUCAACAGUUGACACAGUUAGGAGUGAGCUGGCAACCUUACAAGUUAGAUAUGAAAGAGCACAAGCACAGAUCAGGGAGCUUCAAAAUGAAAUGGAAACAAAAGACAUCAAAAUUAAAGAGCUCCAACAUCUUGUUGACUCCUGUCGAGAUUCUGAGAACCGUCUGUCAAAUAUGGUUUCUGGCUUAAGGGAUCAGCUUGCAGAGUUUGAGUCUAAGGCAGGUUCAUUUGAAACUGUGGCUUCUAGAGGAGAGUAUACAAUCUCUACACUGCAAAGGGAAAAUAGGGAACUGAACGACAAGAUAAUAGAUCUGGAGCAGAGGCUGAGGAAACAGCUGGAAGAACGAGAGCAGUCUGAGUCUAAGUUUAUGAGUGAAGGCAGACGCACACAUGAUCUGUUAGGUCAGAUUAGCAGUUUACUAUAUGCAGAUGGACUUUGUGAUACUUCACCUGCUUCUGUAGAUGUUGUCAUCCGAAAGUUGACUGACCUAGUUCAAGAGAAUGCCACACUCAAAGGGAGAAUCCUUACACUUAAUGAGCAUCUGAAUGAGACACAGCUAGAGACGAAAGCAAGCAGAGAGACCAUAAUGAGGCUGGUAUCAGAAAUGGGAAGAGAACAAAAGGUGGCUACACGCUACACCUCUGACAUUGAGAAACUGAGAGCUGAUAGAGAUAAUGCAAUAGCUGCACGGCGGGAUUUGGAACGGGAAGUUGAACUUCUGAAGGAGAGACUUGAUGCUAACCAAAGGGCUCUAGAAGCAACAAGAAAUGAACUAGAACUCAAGGAAAGCAGGUUCCACUCUCUCGACCGGGACUUCAGGGAAACAGCACACAAUGUCAGAACUACUGGGACACAGUUCGACCUUUUCCGUGAGCAGCUUGCAAACCUUCUGAGUUCUGUUAACAAUUCUGUUACACCUUCAGAAGAAAGUCUAAAAGAGACGAUAAGGCGCCUUGCAUCAGAUAAGAGAGAAAAUGAUUUGCGCAUAGAGGGAUAUGAAAGUCGCAUUAAACAACUGACAGAUCAGCUGGACCAAGAGCUUAGUAUUCACAGAGAUUUGGUCCAGAGAGCCAGGAAAUUUGAAGUAGAGGCUCAUGAUUUGGCAGAGAGGCUAAGGAGUGCAGAGGCUGAACUAGCAACAGGAGAUUGUCUUAGAGAUGGCUUCAAAUUUGACAAAGAAAAAUAUCUGAGAGGUCUGCAAAAAUUGGGAGAAAUUAUGAAAAUGGAUCGUAUUUCUCUGGAUCUUGGUUUGGACCUGACAAUGGAUGCUUUAAUUGCCCGUGCAGAACAGCUGAUGAAACUUGAGGCAGAUGCACUGGCCAACAAGUCAUCACAUGUGUACAACCUUCAGCGCAAGUUAAAGGCCUUGAAAGAGCAGCUGGAGAGCAAGGACCUUCACAUUGAUUUACUUAGAAAGAAACUGACAGAUCUAGAGGAAAGGGCCCAUGGACGGUUUGACAUUGAGAAGCAGCGUGACUCUGAGAGUAUGAGGGUACAGAAACUGGAAAAACUGGUGGAGAAGUAUAAGCUGCAGCUACAAGACUCAAGGCAUGAAAUUCAGAACCUCAAAGCACAGUUAUUUGGCUCUGGAGAACUCAAGGUUCGCACACUUGAACAGCGGAAGGAUAUUGAAGAGUUGGCUCGCCAGAUUGAAGAACUAGAAGAAAUUCGUAAGCGUCAAUCAAGAAAAAUUUCACAGCUGAAAUCAGAAAUUCAAAACAGCGAGUCUACAAUACAGGAAAAGAAUGUCGCCUCAGAAAAUGCUGUGCAGGCUUUGAGUAGUGAGUUGCGUACAACUAAAAAUGCUUUGGAGAACCUCAAAUACAGAGAGAAGCAGCUGGUUGACUUCCGCACUGUUGUGGCUCGCAUGCUCGGCCUUGACAUUAACACCCUUGCAAUCCCAGAUUAUGAAAUCAUUACUCGUCUGGAGAAACUCAUCCAAGCCCAUCAUGCAACUGCGUACACCAAUCUGUCUUUGGGUGAAGCCUUACAAGAUGUUGACGAUAACCAUGCUGUGUCAUUUCAUCAUGGUUUAGAAGCUGCAGACCCGGUCAUUCAAAGAUCCAGAGAAAGAUCUAGGAAAAAGGCUGCACGCCUUCAUGCAAGGGCCAGAUCUGUUUCUCCAAUGAGAAGAGAUCCUCGAAUAUACUGA